CCCAGACAUCCAUUGAAGAAAUAGGUGAAAAUUGGUUGCAACAUUGAUUAGUAUCAUUUGCUAGUUUAAAACAGUUCAGUUAGUUUUUGAUUGGCAGUUUAGUUUUUAUCAUAGUGAGUUACAGGAUAAACGUUGAUAAUGGGCCACAGGUUACUUAUUCUGGCGGUCGUCGGCCUGGGGUCGCUGUACGUGAUGCAUCUUCUGGCGCAAGAUUUUAUGAAAAUUUCGAAACCCCUGUUCAUGGCAUCUGGCAAACGAGACACAUCCAGGUUCAAUCGAACAGCAGAUUUAAACGACUUUGAGAAACAGAUAGACUGGAAUGGUAUGCUCAAGCGAGAUCCACUGAAAUGCUCGUUGUCGCUCAUCUGUCAACUAGCCGCAGGUGCAGAACUUAAAAAUGAAGCUGCAAAUGCAAUCUACGAAUUUAUUCAAUACAGCGUGGAGAAUAACAAAAACGUCCCAAAGAAGAUAGUCCACUCUUUCGAGCGUGGUCUCAGCUUCAAUAGGUUCAACGGAACAGACUUCGAACACUGUUAUCCUCACUACCCAUGGUGUAUCUAUUCUGCCAAAACGAUGAUGAAGCUGUUGGAACUACAUUCGAAAAUCUUCGGAACUGGGACGUAAUCUGUUGCGUUGGAUGAUGCUUUGUAAAUACUUGUAAAUUAGUUACGUAUUCCGAUUUCCCUAGACGACCUUCCCGAUGCUGCCUAUACAGCCGCUAUAAUUAUGAGUACAGAUAUAACAACUACAGUACUCAAUGCAAAGUGACGAACUUAUCUACUACAUAAAGAUGGUUUCUUAGCACGUGCUAUUAUAAAAUUUCAUAUUGAAAUCAAAAUCUGCUGAACCUUAAUUUACGGACUAACCAACCAACAAUACAUACUUAAUGAAAAAAAAAAAAUUAAGCAAAAAGAAGAAUCAAUCCUU